CGAACCGAAGGGCAUCGUCGGUCAUUUCAACGAAACAGCUCAAUCGCGAAAUCCCACCAAAUUCGAAAAGAUCGUUUCUCUCCUUCCCAAGUCUCAUUUCGCUCUCUCAGACACAGAUUUCUACGGUUUUUUCCCCUCCAUUUCUUCUCUUUCAAUGUCUUCCUCCAGCGUCUCUUCGUAUCGGGAUCGGACAUCGGAAUUUCGUUCUCUAUCAGAAAGAUUGAAGAAAGUAGAAGGGAUCGAUGCCAGAAUCGGGCCGGGAAGUGAUCGGGAGAUGUCGACGGCAUCAGAGGCAUUCGCUCGAUCCGAGUUCAACAAGAAGGCGUCGAGAAUCGGAUUAGGAAUUCACGAGACAUGUCAAAAGAUUUCCAGGCUUGCGAAAUUGGCGAAAAGGUCAUCUAUGUUCGAUGAUCCUGUCAUGGAAAUACAGGAACUUACUGCCUUGAUAAAAAAUGACAUUACGGCACUUAAUGCAGCAGUUUCAGAUAUGCAAACCCUUCAAAACCUUGAAGUAGCUGAUGGGAACUGUUCCAAGGAUAGGGUCGUUCAUGCAACAACUAUUUGUGAUGAUUUAAAGAACAAACUUAUGGGAACUACAAAACAGUUUAAGGAUGUGUUGACUACAAGGACAGAGAACCUCAAGGCUCAUGAAAACAGGAGACAGAUCUUCUCCACAAACACAUCAAGAGAGAACACCUUUCUGCAUCAAUCAGAGGCUGUUACUGAACCACCUCCGUGGUCAAAUACAGUUAAUGCAUCUGGCAAUUUUCCACCCUCAGUAAUGCCCUCAAAUGGAGUUCAAAAUAGCAACAUAUUAAGACGGAGAUUGGCUGUAGACAGCACGCCAACACACCAUAUGGAAGUUUCCAUGUUACAACAGGUCGCUCCACGCCAAGAGAACUAUACGCAGAGCCGGUCAGUCGCUCUUCAAAAUGUAGAAUCAACAAUCUCUGAGCUUGGAGGGAUCUUCACACAGUUGGCAUCGAUGGUGGCACAACAAGGGGAAUUGGCUAUCAGGAUUGAUGAUAACAUGGAUGAAUCAUUGGUUAAUGUGGAAGGCGCUCGUGGAGCUCUUCUAAAACAUCUGACCAAAAUUUCUUCAAACAGGUGGCUAUUAAUCAAGAUAUUCGCCAUUCUCAUUCUCUUCCUCUUGGUGUUUGUCAUGUUUGUGCUUUAAUACAUAUUUGCCAGGAAGGCUUGAAUGCUCAAUAUAUUCUCUUACUGAUUUAUAAUUGGAUAGUUGAGAUUGAAUUUUUAGGUUGUUGUUGCAGUCCCAUGCUCCCCUUUUAUGUAUAUGUCUUUAUCUGAGAUUCUUUAUAUGGUUGUAGCCAGAAUGAAACUCAGGUUACCAUUUAGAGCAUGGUUUAGGCAUUCAAGACUUGAAAACUCAACCCCAGUCGGAGGGCGUUUGAGCCUGAGUUUAAGAACUCA